AUGCGGCGCGCCGCCGCCUGGGCGCUGCUCUGGACCGUGGCCCUGGGGCUCGGGGCGCGCGGGGCGCGCGGCGCGGUGGCCCUCGCCGACUUCUACCCGUUCGGCGUGGAGCACGGCGACUCCGUCACCCCGAAGCAGGACGACGGCGGCUCGGGGCUGCGGCCGCUCUCCGUGCGCUUCCCCUUCUUCGGCGCCGAGCACUCCGGCCUCUACGUGAACAACAAUGGGGUCAUCUCCUUCCUGAAGGAGGUGUCGCAGUUCACCCCCGCCGCCUUCCCCAUCGCCAAGGACCGCUGCGUGGUGGCAGCCUUCUGGGCCGACGUGGACAACCGGCGUGCCGGCGACGUGUUCUACCGCGAGGACACGGAUGCCCGCACGCUGCGCAGGGCCAGCGACGACGUCCAGCGCUACUUCCCCGAGCUGCCCGGCUUCUCGGCCACCUGGGCCUUUGUGGCCACCUGGUACCGCGUGACCUUCUUCGGAGGCAGCGCCUCUUCCCCCGUGAACACGUUCCAGACGGUGCUUCUCACGGACGGCAGCGCCUCCUUCACCAUCUUCAACUACGCAGCGGUCACCUGGACCACGGGCACGCACGCCAGCAGCGGGGGCAACGCCUCGGGCCUGGGGGGCAUAGCGGCCCAGGCCGGCUUCAACGCGGGGGACGGGCAGCGCUACUUCAGCAUCCCCGGCUCCCGCACGGCCGACAUGGCCGAGGUCGAGGCCACCACCAACGUGGGCGUGCCAGGGCGCUGGGCCUUCCGCAUCGACGGCGCGCAGGUGCACGUGGGGGGCUGCGGCCACGCAGUCUCCGUGUGCCGGGCACAGCGGCCCUGUCUCAACGGCGGGGAGUGCAUCGACGACUGCGUGCCCGGCAGCCCCUCCUUCGCCUGCUCCUGCCCCUCGGGCUUCGCGGGACGGAGGUGCCACCUGGACGUGAACGAAUGCGCCUCCCAGCCCUGCCGCAAUGGCGGCACCUGCACCCACGGCAUCAACAGCUUCCGCUGCCAGUGCCCCGCCGGCUUCGGGGGCCCCACCUGCGAGGCAGACGUGGACGAGUGCAGCUCCGCGCCCUGUCUGAACGGGGGCUCCUGCGUGGACCUGCCGGCUGGCUUCUCCUGCCUGUGCCCACGGCCCUUCGAGGGCCCCCGCUGUGAGGCAGGAAGCUCCCCGGGGCUCGACGCCUGCCUCGCUAACCCGUGCCGGAACGGUGGCACGUGCGUGGACGCAGACACCGGCUACGUGUGCGAGUGUCCCGGAGGCUUCACAGGCCACGACUGCAGUGAGAGGACUCCGGGUGCCUGUGAGUGCCGCAAUGGGGGCCGGUGCCUGGGGGACGACAGAGCCCUGUGCCAGUGCCCGCCCGGCUUCUUCGGGCUCCUGUGUGAGUUUGAGGUCACGUCCACCCCCUGCGACAUGAAUACACAGUGCCCGGACGGCGGCUACUGCAUGGAGCACGCGGGCAGCCACCUGUGCGUGUGCCACCGCGACCAGCCCCGCACCAGCCCCCCUGUGCCUUCGCCCUGCGACUCGGACCCCUGCUUCAACGGGGGCUCGUGUGACGCCCAGGAUGGGGCCUACACGUGCGAGUGUCCCCGCGGCUUCCACGGGCAGCACUGCGAGAAAGCCCGACCUCGGCUGUGCAGCUCCGGACCGUGCCGCAACGGGGGCACCUGCCAGGAGGUGGGAGGAGACUUCCACUGCAGCUGCCCCUUCCGCUUCACCGGGCGCCGCUGCGAGAUCGGGAAGCCGGACCCCUGCGCCUCGGGCCCCUGCCACAACGGCGGGACCUGCUUCCACUACAUCGGCAAACACAAGUGCGACUGCGCCCCCGGCUUCUCGGGGCCGCACUGCGAGCACGCCCCCUCGCCCUGCUUCUGGGACCCAUGUGUGAACGGGGGCACCUGUGAGGACCUGGGCUCGGACUUCACCUGCCACUGCCUGCCAGGCUUUACUGGCCGCAGGUGCCAGGCAGAGAUGGGCGAGUGCAGGUCCCAGCCCUGCCUGCACGGGGGCACCUGCCAGGACCGGGCCUCAGGGUUCCUGUGUGCCUGCCGCCCGGGGCGCGAGGGGCGCCGCUGUGAGAGGGAGGCCCGAGCCUGCCGAGCGCAGCCGUGCAGAAACGGAGGCUCCUGCAGGGACGUCCUGGGCACCUUCCUCUGCGAGUGCCCUGCCGGCUUCUCUGGAACCCGCUGCGACAUUGAGGCGCCGGCCUGCACCCGCAGCCCCUGCCAACACGGAGGCCGCUGUGAGGACGGCGGAGCCGGGGCCUACCUGUGCGUGUGCCCGGAAGGCUUCUUCGGGUACCACUGCGAGACAGUGGGCGACCCCUGCUUCUCCAGCCCCUGUGGGGACCGCGGCUACUGCCUGGCCAGCAACGGCUCCCACAGCUGCACCUGCAGGGCGGGCUACACCGGGGACGGCUGCGGACAAGAGCUGCCGCCGCCCACGGGCCUGGAGCUGGAGCAGGCAGAGGAGAGUGGCCUGUCGGUCUCCUGGCGCCCGCCCGCUGGCCAGGCUGCCCAGCAGCUGCUGGACGGCUACGCAGUUUCCUACACCUCCUCCGACGGCGCCCCCCGCCGCACCGACUUCGUGGAGCGCGGCCGCUCGUCACACCAACUCCGGGCGCUGGCGGCCGGCAGGGCCUACAACAUCUCCGUCUUCUCCGUCAAGCGCAACGCCAACAACAGGAACGACAUCAGCCGGCCCGUGGUGCUGCUGGCCCGCACGCGACCGCGCCCCGUCGAAGGCUUCGAGGUCAUCAACGUGACGGCUGACGCCAUCUCGGUGCGGUGGGCCCUGCACCGGAUCCGACAUGCCACGGUCAGUGGCGUCCGCCUGACUCUGCGGCACCCUGAGGCCCAGGAGGCCCAGACAGCAGACGUGGACCAGCGUGUGGACAAGUUCACAUUUGGGGCCCUGCUGCCAGGAAGGAGGUACACCAUCUACGUGGCAGCCCUCAGCGAGCAGGGGGGACAGGAGCCCCCCACCGAGAGCCUGGCCUCGGCCCCACUGCACGUCUGGACCCGGCCUCUGCCACCGGCCAGCCUGAGUGCUGCACGGGUCACGGCCACGUCUGCCCAUGUGGUCUGGGACGCCCCCGUGCCGGGCACCCAGCUGGAGGCCUACGUCAUCAACAUCAGCACCAGCCAGAGCACCAAGAGCCGCUACGUGCCCAACGGGAGGCUGCUGUCCUACACCGUGCGCGACCUGGCCCCUGGGCGCCACUACCAGCUCUCGGUGACGGCCGUGCAGGGCGCAGAGGGCCAGCAGCUGCACAGCGAGCCCGCCUACCUGUACAUCAUCACCUCCCCGAGGGACGGUGCAGACAGACGCUGGCACCGGGAGGGCCCGCACGCCUGGGCGCUCCAGAACCGAGCGCCGCCCGCACGCCCGAUGGAGCUGCGCCUGCUCAACGACCACGGCGGCCCCCGGACGCCCUCCCCGGCCCCCAGGUCCUCGGAGCUGGUGGGUGGCAGAGUACGUGACAGCGCCAAGGUGGGCAGCGCGGCUGGCCAGUCAGACCCCACGAGGCCAGGGCCCCCGGCCCGCGUGCAGCCCAGGAGCCCGGACAAGACUCCCCCGCCUCCCAAACGCGAUGCCAGGGAUACGGGCGCGGAAAGUACGAGGAAGGCCACAGAGUGUGCCGAGACGCCCGAGUCCAAGAGCUGUGAGGGCACCAGCACCGGGACAACCACCAACAGUUUCUUGGUUGCUCUAGGAGACAGUAACCUACAGCCCUGAGGACACCACCAGGUACUGCCCCCCAGCCCGCCUUCUCACUGCCACACACCUCACGCCCCUCCACGUCCUGGGCAGAUGAAGCUCUAGGGUGGGCAUGGCAACCCCACCCAGUCAGCGGCCAGGAGGGGAGCACCUGAGCGAGCCAAGGACCACGGGCACCUGGAGGGGGCUGGGGCCUGGGAAGCCAAGGGUGGCAGGUUCCCCUCAGGACUAAGAAACUCCCCGGUCCUGUGGCGCACCAGCAGCGAAGAUGAGAAACGGACGGGGAGAUCAGAGCCCACGAAGACCCACCCAGGAGAGUGCCGCUGCAACACACAAGCCUGAAACGCAAGAAGCUUUUAACUGCUCCCGUCCAGCCCCAGCACCCCAAGACAUGGAGGCUGCCCUCACGGGGCGAACCCAGGGCCCGUCCACAGCCCCCUUCACUUCCACGCCGAGAGCGGCUCUCCUCUCCGGAGCAGCCAGCACUGCACCGUGUGGUCACUCUGAGCUGCCCCCGCAACUUGCCUGGAGCAGCAGGACGCAGGCUGGACGGGCUGCCAGGAGGCGCCUCACCACGCGCCCUCUCAGUGCCGGGCUCACGGGCACUUCCCAGAGAACAUGCCAAAGCCUGCACGCUCUUCCUUGCCAGCUAAGAGUCCACAUGUACGACCUGACCUGGAAAUAUCUGCGUUGCAAUAUCACCAGAAAGGAUCUACCUUUCUAGAACCCACUCGGAAAAAUCCAGUUCUGAGAAACCUGGCAUUCUGAGGAAGCAGCUUCCUUACGGUGACACGCACACCUAAGAGCACAGGGCCAGCUCUGGUGGCAGCCCCGGUGCCGCCACUGCACAGCUGAGAGAACAAUGUGUGAGGGGUCUGAGGGGCACCAUUCCUCCUUGCCCCCGUUUCCUGUUUUCUUCAAAGGAACCGGGAGGUUCUCCCUAUACCCAGAACCUCAUGAUGAGGUCUGACACUGGAGUGAAACGGACCAUGGCCAAGUCCUCCAGGACACCCCCCCUGUCAGGCCCCCCGGCCCGAGAGCAGUCUGACAUGCCAGCU